AUGCCGAAGCCCAAUGUCGCCAUCCCCGCACCACAGCGCGAAGCGCUCAUCGAGUGCUUCCCCUCGAUCACCCGCCUGGUCCGACCGGAGCUCCGCCACCAGCUAGUACUAGUUCGCAGUGCAGCGAGCAUUGCCCACUCAUCCGAGGGAGCAACGGCCGGCGCCCUCAACUUUAGCAUCGAGUCAGACGGCAAGAUCGCGUUCGAUGCCCCGCAAGGCUUCCGUGCCCGAGUUAACAUCAUCGAGCUUGGGAACGGGUGCAUCGAACGGAUCCACGUGGCAGAACCGUUUCAUGACGGUUCUGUCGCGUCCAUGUCUGACUUGUUGUUGUUGAGGGCCGUGACUGUGGCCGAUCGUGGGGGGGAUGGCGACAUUGCGGACUUUAAGUGGCUGUUGGCAGGGGUGGCAAGAAGGGGUCAAUUUCCAGCGAUUGACGAUGAGGAGUUGGCGGUGCUGGUCCGUGCUGGGGAAUCGUGUCUGGGGGAGUUGGGUCGCUUGGUGAUAGCCGCCAUUCUUGGCAAGAACAACGAGGCUGCCGCUCUGGGGCUUCUCGGAUAUUAAAUACAAUUUGACAUUUAUUACACUGCAUCCCUCUAAACCCUUCAAACCUCGAUGGUAAAACUUUUGUCCUAGACGCGAUCGUUCGAAACCAGACACCAACAACCACCCCUGGCACCACCUGGGCAGCCAGCUGCCACGAUCACCUGCAUACCGACGUGUUUCAUGAUUGGUUUCAUCAAUUUCCUCUGACCCGCCCCUCCACCAUGUUCUAGAUUCUCUUCGAGUUCUCUCUCACCGAAUUGGAGCGGACUGCCAUCCCGGACGAGCAGGGUGGUGCACUGUGGCUAGACAAUGGAGACGGCCUGGACACAAAGCCCGAUCG